GCCAAUCAGAGUGGAGGUUACUGGGGUGCUCCAUCCAAUAGCGGGGCGGGUUGUUGUUUGGCCCUGUUGCGACCGCGGACAGACAGAAGCAAGUGGACCGGUUUGAAGCUAAGCUAAUUCAGUCACAUUACAGCUGGUUAAUUUAGAUUUUUGCAUUGGUUCCAUUUGCAGUACACGCGUGUAUCUGUUUUAGAAAAAUCCAAGCUACCUGUGAAUAUUGUAGCUAUUGGGCUAACAAGCGAAACCGGGUAUUUAUUUUGUUAAACCGCUUCUGUCCUGCUAGCUGAAUUGGCAGCGGGUUAGGCGCCAGUCCUGUUUGACAACAGCGCUAUUCGGUCACGUUCCCGGUGUUGUUGCUUCUAGCUGCAGAGUGAACGCACUAAUUUCCAUUAAGUGAAGCGGCAAAAAAAGAAACCUCACGAUAGCUAAAAUAAAGUUAAACAUGGCAGAAUUCCUGGAAGAUCCGUCGGUUCUCACGAAAGAUAAGCUAAAGAGUGAGCUUACAGCAAACAAUGUGCCACUUCCCAGCGGUGAGCAUAAAAAAGAAGUGUAUGUGCAGCUGUAUCUCAAAAACUUGACCAUACUGAACAACAAGAGUCCACCUGCAGACACCUUCUCCAGCGACGAAGAGUUACCUGCUCCCGUGGUGUCCAACAAAAGUCGAUCUGGAAGAAAAGCUACCAAAAAGACAGACAAGCCUCGCACAGAGGAAGUGGAGGUGACAGAUCUCACUGAUGAAGAUUUAAAACAACAGCUGGCAAAACAUGGUGUGGACUCUGGACCUAUUGUUGCCUCCACCCGAAAGUUGUAUGAGAAGAAACUGCAGAAGCUUUUGGACCAGCCUCCAGCUGAACCUGAAACUAAUACUGACGUCACAGCUCUCCCCAAGUCAGACAGUAACCAGAAUGGCAACACAAAUUCUGACCAGUACAGUGACAAGGAAGAUGAGGAGAUUGCUGCCCCUGAACCAGAGCCAGUUCCUGUGGUAGAGAAGCCAGUGAGGAGCAGAGGGAAAGCUCCAGUUACCGUUAGAACCAGCAGCAGACGACAAACCAAGGUGGUGGAAGAAAUUAUUACUGAAGAAACCCCCAAGAAGGGUGUUGUUGAAGAUAUCCUUGCCAAUGAAAUAAGCACACCAACAGGCAUCAGUGCGACCUGCAGGCGUCCAAUCCGAGGGGCGGCUGGUCGACCACUAAAACCAAGUGAAUACUGGCUGGAUGAGUCCCGUGUGCAGCACAGCGUCCACACUGAGAGCCGCUCGUACUCUGAGUCUUUCUCCAGAGUCGACAGCACCAUCUCAAGCAAAGCGCCAACCCGACGAGGCUUCCUGUCUGUGUUGCUCAAGCUCCUGCUCCUUAUUGUGGUGGGUGGUUCUCUCUACUAUGCCUACCAGAACCUGGAUGCCGAUCACAUCAACACCCUCAAAGGCCUUGUGGACAGCGCCAUCGUCCCACUUCAAGGCGUUGUGAACAACGCAGCUACCUACCUGGGCAUCAGCAGCAGCGGUGCUACAGAGAGCGCCGAAAAGUAAAGACCCUCAGUUGUCUCUCGCCAUGCCCACGUCACCUCCCUGCCGCCUGCCACAGCACACCACAACUCAAGCAUAAACUUGGCUCACCUCUUCUUUAUACCUACAUGGUUGGACAAAGGACACAGAUUUAAUUGGAACGAUAAACUUUCUCCUCUACAGACUCCAGCUUUCCUCCCACCACAAGAGGAAACAGUAGCUUCUGGAUAACAAUGUUUUGUGGCAGUCAGAGACUCAUUUUAAUAUUGGUUUUAAUCUGUGAAUUGUUUGUGUCUUUGUGUGUAUUUAACCCUUCUAUGUAGAAACAAGUGCAGAAUGGAGAGGCCAGUUUAUCCAUGCAUGGUUGUAGUUUUUGAAGGUCAUACUGUAGUUUCUAACUCUCUGUGCCAGGUGUUUUUCUGAUGGUGAAGUGCCUGGACACUUAGCACUUAGUGCCCUCCCAUUUUCAAGCACAAAGCAGUGCUACUACUAAUACCAGAAUGUCUACAUGUUUCUGUAUGAAUUUCAAAAUUUGCUCUGUAGCUAUAGCUAGAUAGUGAUUCAUUAUUUCUAUGGUGCUCAGGUCGAUUUAGAUCAAAUUUUUUAAUGUGGUCUGUGCUGGGAGGAGAAGCUUGGUGUAGUCAGGUCACGUCACUGUAUGAGGAAAUUCCGCCCACGUUCAGGUUGAGGUAUAAAACAUUUUUUCAGUGGCUGACCACUGUUUGAAUCAUUGUAUUUGAGGCUCUAUGAUUAUGACUAAAAUGAUAAUUCUAGCCUCUUUGUAUUGUAAUCAUGAUUUUUACUGUCAAUGGAUUGAGGAAGAAAAUUUACUUUUAUCGACAUCCUCAUCAGUUUACAAACACAAUUCUAAAUGACACACCUUUUUAGUAUUGAUUAUCUACCAUUUAUUUGACAAAUACACAUUAAGGAAACUCAAAUUGGAGUGUUCGAUCAUAGGUUAUUGAUUUUCCCAGCCCUACCAGUGUGCCCAUUUGAGUUUACAUGCUUUGGGUUUUAGUGCUCUGUUGUGCUAUUUUUGUUUUGUUUUUUUAAAUUAGAUUUCUGAUCCUUCAGUCCUAUAUGCAGGAUUGGCUGUUGCAGUGCACCCACAUAGCCCACCUCACUGACUGCAUGUGUCCAGACAUGACAGAUCUGCAAAGAAGACACAUGGAGAAAGUUAAUCCUUUUGGAGACAGUUAAUAAUCAAUUUAUUCUCUUCAGAACUCUUGACUACUUCUGCCUGUGCAAAUUACCACAAUUAAGACGCUGUAGGUUACUCUGGAGAGCGGUUGUUUAUCCGCUGGGAGGGAGGAUGCAUUCACUGGAGGUGGUGUUGGGGUGGGAAGAUUUCUGGGGCAUCUUUGUUUCUAUUUUGAUAUUUUUCUAAAGUGGCGUGUUCAACUUUUUAUAGCACAUUUUAAGGUAACAUUUGAAAGCAAUAUGUUAUACAUGCAAGUGAUACUGUAUCUUAAAUCUGAACCUUGGGGACUAACAAGUGAUUCAUCAUCAGGCAGCUCUCCCACAAUGGACAGAAACGACUGGGGUUAUGUGGGUAAGGAUUUUUAAUCUGUUUAUUUAUGAUAAUGUAGGCAGUGUAUCAUAAAAUAAACUUGGUUAUUACCAGA